UGCAGACCCCAUCCGGAAGGAAUGCCACAAAGUGGGGGGAGCAGAAGAGGAAGGAGGGUUUGCUCAGGGCGUGGCAGUUGUGGUGAAAGGCAAGUCUAGCUUGGCAGCCCGAUUUCUGCUUUCUCCCGGAACCUCCCUUCAGCCUGCAGAGCCACACAGAUGUGGCCCCCCUUCACCAUCUUGGAGAAGGAGGGGACAGCAGAAGGCAGAUUGUGACAGCAGUGCUCGGGCCAGCCUUGCGACCUCAAUGGCCAGGAAGGAACAGAAAGGGAUGGAGAGUAACCCAGACAAGGGCCUCCCCAAGCAGGCUCUCACUGUGGUCAGCUCAGAAGCAGACAGGACUGCUCCAGAAAAUGGCCUGAACGCAGUAGGUCAGUGCUGUGCCAUGCAAGAAGUGACCUUGAGCCUUCUGGUCCUGCUGGCAGGCCUACCUGCCCUGGACGCCAAUGACCCUGAAGAUAAAAACAGUCCUUUCUAUUAUGACUGGCACAGCCUCCGGGUUGGUGGGCUCAUCUGUGCAGGGAUUCUGUGUGCCCUUGGCAUUAUCGUCCUCUUCAGUUCAAAGUGCAAAUGCAAGUUCAGCCAGAAGCCCAGUCACCGUCCAGGGGAUGGACCACCUCUCAUCAUGCCAGGCUCUGCCCGCAACUGCUGAGGAUGGACCAGCUGCAAGAGCAUGGAGUACCUUUGUCCCCAGACAUUCCACGAUCCACCAACCCCGUUAGCCUACACCCCAUAAAGACCCCGC